AUGAAUUAUUAGGGUCAUUGUUGAGUCAUAAUAUGCUGGGGAGAACAAAGGCUUGGAAUGUACAGAGACACAAGAUUCAUCAUUCUGAUGGCAGCCAGCUCACGUUUCCAAGGUGUGCACGUGUGGGGCAAAACUGGUCUUAAGUACUGGACUAUGAGAAUGUGCCGCUUUCCCACUGUCCCAGCAAGGCAUCAAUAGUUUCAUGAUGGAGAAAUCGAAUCGGGAGACCCCACAGUGUUAUUGUUUUAAGUGUCCUGCUCAUCAAACAAAGUCACCAGAUGAGAGACUUAGGAAGAGCAGCCAGCCAAUGCACCUGAACACAAGAACCACAUGCCCUAUGCACAGCAAUGAUAACAGAACCGCGCAGGCAGUCAGUGAGAACAGUGAGCCGGAAUAUCUGUUGGAAGAGAUCCAUAGACCUGCAGAAAGUGUGCCGGUCAAAUGGUGUGAGAACAGACUGGCUGAUAGGAUGAAGGAGUGUGAGCGUUGUCCCAGGCCAUGUGCAGGGAUGUACCGUAUGACGCUGGGAGGGAUCAAUCAGAUCCAGCGCCGCCGGAAGGGGCGCCCAUCCUCCCCUAGUUCCUCAUCAUGUAAUGCUGAAGGCCAGACAACAUCUAUAGCAGUCAGGACUGGAAGACCUCACACUCCUUUUCAAUUUAAUGAUGAUUACCAGGUCAGCAAGCAAGAGAAUGAAUCUUACAGAUCACCACAGAAGAGACAACACAAGCAAACCCAGACAGACUCAACAAUGACAAGUGUGUCAGGGAGAGGCUCGAGUCGUGCUGACAGACCAGCAUUCACAGGCCUCGACGUGGCGUGUCAGACCAACAUCCGUUCAUUGAUGUCCCCAAGAGACGAUAGCGCAGGUGAGCAGCUGAAGUUACAGAGAGAUGCUUCACUGAGCACUGGAGAAUACCCAGGGAGAGACAGAAAGGGGAAAACUUGUGAGGCAACAAACUGCACAGACACAUCUAACCACCUCAGAGAGAUGAAAAACAAGAAUUCCUGUCAUCGUGACGGGAGCUGUGUGCGCCAAUUUGCAGUGUUCACUUUAAUGGUCGGAGUCAUAGGCUACUUAGCCAUUAACCACCAGAAAUAUCUGAAUCGACAGUAGACCACACCUUUACCAUUUAAACACAUAUGUGAGCCAACUGUUUGCCAAUAAAUGAAUUAAGACAA